ACUUGACCUGACCACCACCAGCAACAGCACCACGCACGCACGCACGCAUAACUCACACGCGAGCCACAGGAACGACAGGACAGAGAGACAUUGCCGCGCUGCGUUGCGUGCCACAGCCACACACACGAACUCCAGCGGCUGUGUUCCUGUGCGAGCGAGGCAAUGCAAGCAAGCAGGAGCAGGAGCAGGAGCAGGAUGGGUUCUUUGCACCACCCGCGGUCACCGGAGGAGAACUACGUGAGGCUGCAGGGCCGGCGGGGGCGGCGGCGGGGGUUUCGGCUGUGCCCGAGGAACCGCUUCUUCUCCGUGCGGCGGCUGCGGGUCGAGCUGCUCACGUUCCUGGGCCUCGUCGGCCGCUACGUGCGCCUGCUCGUGCGGAAGCUGUCGGCUAGCAGCAGCGGCGGCGGUGGCGGCUGCGCGCGGAGGACCGGCAGCAGAAGGGUUCUCGUCGUGACGACGACGACGACGACUGCCGGGAAGAAAUACAAGGCGCCGGCGCCGGCGCCGAUCGUGCGGUCCAACUCCUUCUACUCCCAGGCCAUCGCCGACUGCCUCGAGUUCAUCAAGCGCAACUCCGUGCCCGCCGAGGACUACGGCAGCCUCAGCGCCCGGAGGUAAGUAGCCUAGUAGGCAGCUAGGCGCUCCAGGGCUCCAGGCUCCGUCGUCCGUCUGGAGCAGCUGGCAGCAGGACAACAGGAUCGAAGAAGAAGAAACACGCUUACACGCUACCCGAGUGGCGUGGCCGUGGCACAUACAUAUGCGUGUUCCCAUCGGAGCCAUACAGAUGUGGAUCUUCUGGUACAUACACACGUACGGAUGUAAUAGAGUGUUUGAAACUUCUAGAGUUGCAAAUGCAUGUUGAACUUUUUUUUGAUGGCA